ACAUCUCGCGCGAGGAACCGAGUGAUGGAUCAUCUGGGGCCGUAAUUGCGAAAGUGCCGAGAAAAUGGUAUCCAUUUUCAGACCAGCCGUCGAAGACAAGGCCCAGUCUUUGAUCGACUAGCUUAUCUUUCAGCUCCGCGCGAACCACAUCGACAAGGAGCCGAAUAUACUCUUUCAUUGCUUUGACAUUGGUCCUCGUCGUGGAUACCCUUUGCGUGUGGACUGAUGUCCAAAACAAGCGAAGCCGUACCAUACUGCAGAAUAUGUUUGUACGCCGUUUCGACGGUCACUUGAGAAUGGGCACGACGUAGGUGGUCGACCAAGUUGGUGUACCCUUUGCCGUUGGCUUGGCUACGGUGUUUGGCGCAGAUUCGACAGCGCAAUCGGUCGUCAGGUGCAGGCGAGAAGAUGGUAGAUGUCAGCUGCUUGUUCGUCGGAGGUGCCGUCCACUUUGAUGUCGCGUUCAUUGUGGUCGAGUGUAGAUCCCGGUGGCAGCAAAAGCUUGCGCAGAGAGGACAAGAAGGGCGACAAAUUGGGCUUGAAGCAGUCGAUCGGGGUCUUCGGCUUGGGGGCACUUGGUGUCGAGCUCGCGAAUUGAAGAAUGACUGCGUAGAUAGUGAACGACAGCUCUUUUAGCGUGGGCUGCUCGUGGUUGAGGUCUGGAGCUCGUUGUGGACCUCGUGUGCUACGUCAACAGUGUCUUGGGUUCUUCUAGUGCCUUCACUGGACCGCUUCCUACGGCAAACUGCGGCUGAUCCCAUUUUCGAAAUUAAGGGGGCCCAUCACCUCGAGGGAAUUGGAAAGCACAAUCACAAUACAUAAAAAAAUCAAAUUAAUUUUUUCCGAACACUGGUGCCGGGAGAAACGCUACCGACGUUACCGACUGUAGCUAAUUUCCAGUCUGUCAUUGGAAGUUUGCUCUGGAUCGCGCGGCACGCGACCUGAUAUCAUGUUCGCCGUUCACUGCGUAACCCAACGAUGACCGAUUGAAAGAUGGCAAAGCGCGUCCUGAGGUACUUGAACGGAACUCGGAAAGCCAAGUUGCGCAUGAAAGACGAUGGCGGACCACAGUGACCGUUACGAGCGCAAUCCUACACGGAUGCUGACUUUGUUGGUGAUGUCACUGAUCAGAAGUCGGUUAGUGCGGCAAUCGUGCAGGUCAAUGGGAUGACCAUUUCGUGGGAAUGCGAGAAGCAGACUUUUGUGGCAUUGUCGACCACUGAAGCCGAGUAUGUGGCUGGAACGGAUGAAGCUCAGGAGCUGCUUGGUGUGAAGGAGCUUGUGGGCGAGAUUGGACUUAAGAUGGAUCUGCCGAUGGUGAUGCACAUGGAUAACCAAGCGGCGAUAGCUCAAGUGACGAGUGAAGCGAGCUCGGCAACGACCAAGCACAUGGACGUGAAGUUGAAGUUUAUACAAGACUCGGUGCAAAAAGGAGAAUUGAAGCCACAAUACGCGGAAAGCGAUUCGAUGCUGGCCGAUUUGCUCACAAAGCCAUUGGCAGCGACACGAGCUAAAGACAUGAGGGAGGCCAUUGGGUUAACGACGGCUGCUGCCAGGCUGUCCAUCGAAGCUCUGGGGAGGAGUGUUGGAAGCUGACAAUGUCAGUCUGACAGGUUACAAAUCUGCGCUGUUCGGCUACAGAGAAAUGCAGAAGUAACGUUUCCAUAGCACACCUAGACAAUUCCAUGGCUAAGCCCGCACUAAUACGCUUACUUUCCAAUUCUUCCUUCAAGUGCGAAGUUCAACACCCAUUGCUUUCUACCUGGAGCUUCAGUGCACCAACGCCUUGCGCAUGUACUGAAACUCAAUCUAGCGUUGCCUCAUCAAGCUCUAGAUAGUUUAUUAAUAGUGGUCUUAAGCCCACCUACCACGAACAUCAACAACAAACCAAAACCGUAAACCAGGAACAGCGCAAACUCAUCGGCUAGAUGAACUUCAGAAAUCAAUACCUUCUUCAACUCAAUUCGAUACUGGGCCAAUUCACACCACCAAAUGAAUACCCCACUAAUUUUGAUUCAAUUCCGUAGGAAUAUAAAUGAAUUUACUUGGUAUAUGUAUUGCAAGAAACUGGGUGUAAAACACAACUCACGGACAUGAAUUAAUCCCAGUUGGGCUGUACGUUACUUCGUACCGAAGCA